AGUUCUCAUAAAUUCAUCGCCAUUUAAUACCUUUUAAGAGUAAUUCAGAUAUAAAAUAUAACUGAUUUACUUUCUAUAUUGAUAAAUAACGAUAGAUAAAAGCCCCAGAGAAGGAGAGAAAGAGGGAGAACCACCACCAAGAACCCUGUUGUUGGCGGAGGCGGCCGCCGAAUCCUCGUCCCCUCCGGUGGAAAGAAAACUCCUCCGCCAACUUCAUGACCGCUCUGCUGUUUGUGUUAUUAACAGCCGAGGAUCCUCAUUAACGUCCGCCCCCCUCUCUUCCUUCCUCCCCCCUCCCCCCCCUUCGGUGGUCGCUGGACGGGGCAAAGGACGUCAGCGAUCUCGGUUGGUCGAGGAUAAUCGAAGCUGCCUCUCGUAGUGAUGGCGACCAUUUUAUCACAGUACAGCACCACAGGCUUUUAUAAUGCUCCAGUAAGUAAGGGAUUAAUGGGCUGUAUGUUUAUGACAUGUACAGCAUUAAAUGUUCCCUUGUUUGCCCACUUGAGGAAGUAUUUAAUCUGCAAGCUUCCAGAUGUCUUCUUGAAAGGAGAGAUUUGGCGAAUAGCAUCUGCAAAAAUAUCUUUUGUCGAUACAAAGGAUUUAGUUUGUGGGUCUCUACUAAUAUAUUACUUCAGAGUGUUUGAGAGACGGUAUGGGUCAAGAAAAUUUGCAUCAUGUCUGGUGGCUUCACAAGUUCUCACAACAGUACUUGAAGUACUGACAAUUCUGACCCUUCAGUGGUUAGCUAUCGAUCUCCAUUCAGGAGGAUUUCUUCCGCCAGGACCGUAUGGCGUCAUUUUCCCUUUGUUUGUUAAUUAUUUAUUUGAUAUACCAAGAGUGGCACAAACAAGUGUAUUGGGAAUUCCAAUUACUGGAAAGACUUUGACAUAUUUGCUGGGUCUCCAGGUGUGUUCCACUUCUCCAGCAACAGCAAUAUCAGCAUUUUGUGGCAUAGUAGCGGGAUUUUUUUAUCGUUAUAACGUACUGUGGGUGCAACAAGUCCCCUGGGUUCCGAGUUGGUUAGCAAGAGGUGCAAAAGCCACCCUUGCUCGCCUUCUGGCAUCACCACCACCACCGGAAGGUCCUGCCGGUGCUACGUUGGAACUUCAGCGACAGGAGCAGAUAGAGGUUUGGGAACAGCAGAUAAUGAUUAAUCGAGCACGCGAGAUGAGAAAUAGACCAGGGGCAAAUGGUGCUGUUCCUCACUUCAUACCAGACAUAAUGGGUAGACGACAAAACAACCCAGGUCACCCCCCACCACCACCACCAACUGAAGAACAAGUUCAAACUUUGGUUGAAAUGGGAUUUGAUCGUCAGAGAGUGAUAAAUGCACUUCAGACCUGUAAUAAUGAUGUCAACACAGCAACACAUUUACUAUUACAGGAGUCAUGAUAGUUAUAAUAAGGUAGUAUAUAUUUAUUUAUAAAUUUGUGAUGGGUCCAGAGUAGAUGGCCUUUGUGCAUUUAGAUUAUUUUGUAAGUCUUUUGAAAGACAGCUGGUUUUUAUUGACUCAUAGAAGUUAUGUUGUGAGAAAUUAUUUUCUACUAAAAGAAAGAUUGUUCUACUCAACUGUGAUUAGAAAGAUUAAUGAAAAUACAUAUCUCACUGAAAAAAUUAUUCAUUCCUACAAGUGAUGUUUCAACACUUUCAAACUUUUCUUCUAAUUAGGAUGAACAUUUUCUUUCUUUACAAAUCUUUUAAACUUUGUUUCAUACAUUCUACAUGGUUGGGAAUACAUCAGAGUGAAUGCCAGGUUAGAAUACAUAACAUUCCCAUUAUCAAAGCCAAAUCUAAAUUAAGUGUAAAGCAGUACACUCUAUGCAUACAAUUUAUGUUGAAUUGUUAAUUUACCCAACUACAAGUAUGAAAUAAGCUGUCCUAAAAAUAUGGUUUUCCUCUAACAGUAUGCAAGGUAUUUUGUACCAUAUGUACAGUAGUGGGUGGGUAUAUUUGAGUAAUCUGGUCAUAAUGGGCAAGGAAAUUGCCUAAGUAGGUUGAAACCUUUCUCUGAUCCAAGAUGUAAGUUGCUGCGGCAGCACUUUGUUGCUGUUCCAGAUGUACAGUUAAGCUACCAAUUUUUUUUUCACGGGUAGUAUGCAGACUUUCAGCCGUAUGAAAGAAUAGUGAUUAACUUUGGUCAACCCAAAAUGUUUUAAUAGAAAGUCCUCAAAUUUAGUCUUGUUACGGGAUCUGUACCCUUCAACCCCUCCCCAUAUUGGGGUGUUAAACCCAAGUCAUAUUAGUAUUGUAGUUUAUGUUUAUACAUAUUUUUGCAAAAAUUCUGUAACUCCGUGCUUAUCUAUUUGUAUGUAGUUUUAUGUGUAUAUGCACACAUACAGAUACACUUUUUCAUACAUAAACACUACUGUAUACACAAAUAUUUAUAUACUAUAAAUUUUAUAUAUGUAUACAUACACUUGAAUAAAAUAUUUAUUAAAUUCA